AACAUCUUGCAGCAAACAUGUGGCGGACAAGCCAAGAACGAACUGAAAUCGCAGAAUAGUUGAGAAGCUGUCAUAACAGAGCUUCCCGUACUUCCAAAGACUGAGAGCACUCGAGUUGCUCUCUCGCCUUUCGGCUCACGCCGCAGAGGAUGGAUUCUACUACGAUAUCCCCAGUUCCUGGAAUCUCAACGGACGCGCCGAACUUCGAGGAACUUCAACUGCUCUCUCCCUCAAGCUCUUCCAGUGGGCAGAAAGUCCUUCGUCCUGGUUCUACUCCACGUAGGAAGCGCCUGUGUACUACGAAUGUAUGGUGCAAGGGCCAUCGCCAAGCCUGGAAUGACGUUCAUCCCCGAGGAAAACACGUUAGUCUCUGGUUUCUGGGGAUCUCAUGGAUCAUGACCCUCUGCGCUUUGCUAGGAGCGACUUUGCCUUUCUCUGUCCUUUCACGUGAUUAGAGGUUCGCAUGCACGCCCGAGUCGGAGCAUGUGCGCAACUUGCCUUCUGAUACCGCGGAUAAUCCGGCGACAGCAUGUUGUUACUGUGAUAUGAAUCAAAGCACCACAGAUAAUUAUU